UUGUAAAAUUUACACUCCUCUUUCUUUAAAUACUCUCUUUGUAUACCAAACUCCAUACCCUUUUGCUCUCAAGCUUUUUCUCUCUCUCUCUGAGCUCCUCAGUUCAGGGGUCAGUGUAUAUUAGCACUAAGAGCAAUGGGCUACUCUAUUGUUUUCAUUGUCUGUAGUUUACUUCUAGUCCUUCAAUUGUCAACAGUAGCUGGGAAAGGCAAAGCUAUAAUUGGAUCUCCGAGCCUAGCUCCAGCACCAGCACCAGGUCCUGAAUACACAAACCUAACCGACUUACUCUCGGUUGCUGGCCCUUUCCACACAUUCCUUAACUACCUUGAAUCGACAAAAGUCAUCGAUACUUUCCAAAGCCAAGCCAACGACACAGAAGAAGGGAUCACACUCUUCGUUCCCAAAGACUCAGCCUUUGCUUCACUCAAGAAGCCUUCCCUUUCCAACCUUACAUCAGACCAACUCAAAUCCCUUUGCCUUUUCCAUGCAUUGCCACAUUACUAUAGUCUAGCCGACUUCAAGAACCUUAGUGACAUGAGCCCUAUUAAUACCUUCGCUGGAGGAAAUUUAUAUUCCUUGAAUUUCACCGAUGAUUCAGGGACCGUUCACCUUAACUCAGGAUGGUCUAGAACUAAAGUUAGUAGUGCUGUUCGCACGACUUUUCCCGUUGCUGUUUAUCAGGUGGACAAGGUACUUCUUCCUGAAGCCAUUUUCGGAACAGAUUUACCUCCAAUGCCAGCACCAGCACCAGCGCCAGAAACAGAUAUCGCCCCUACUGCUGAUAGUCCAGCUGCUGAUCAAACAGGAAAAGCUAGAGCUGCAGCCUCUCCAGAUUCUUCAUCGCCAUCGGCUUCUCACAGGAUGAUGAGCUGGGGCAUUUUGAAUCAUUUGGUUUUGGCAAUUGCUGGUGGAUUCUUGAUGUUGUUAUUGUAAGGAAAAUGAUCUUAUGGGGGGGAAUUUUGUUAAAUUAUGUUGAAAAUGGUACAUCUGUUUCUUAUUGGUUUUGAUUAUACUCCAUUGGUGAUUUAGUAUUGGUUAUUGGUUACAAUGUUUUUGUAUACAUUCAUGUAUCAUUUUUCAUUUCUCAUUCUCCAUAUUCUUUCUCUAUU